AAAUGGAGGCGGUCAACAGAGGCAAGCUCGCUCUCGGUCUGGAAAUCAAUCUGAUCCUAUUAUCCUUCGGUGCUGCGGGUGCCUGUACAGUGUCUGUCACACAGCCAUCCUACCUCCAUGUGGAGUACACGCAGCAGGCUGUUACCAUCACCUGCACCUUCUCCUCCACCCGCUGCCCUCCAGAGCUACCAACCAGCCUGUGGUUCCGCUACGACGCCCAGCGGUCAGAGCGCCUCUGCUCCGACGGGUGCCAAAGUCAGGCCGACAAGUUCACAGUGAGGGAGUUCCCGGCACAGAACCAAGUCUCCCUCACUGUAAACUGGGUGACUCAAAAUGACAGUGCGAUUUACAUCUGUGGAAUCGCAUUUCCAAGUGCAAGUGAACCGAAAGCUAAGCAAACUGGAGGAGGCACCACGUUGGUGGUGAGAGAACGUGAGCUCAGCGCCCAGCUGCAGAACAGUCUGAUAGCGCUCCUACUGCUGUUCUCCGUCUACCUCGUUGCUGUGGGCGUGGUCUUCGUGGUUCUCUCCAGAUCAAAAUCUAACAGUUUACGGAACAAAGAUAUAGAAGAAGAUUCACAAAAGAAGAAGAGUGCUCGGCGGAUUUUCCAGGACAUUGCUCAAGAACUAUACCAUAAGAGAUACGUGGAAAGGAGUCAGCAGGUUGAGAAAGACAGCAACACAUAUGAGAACAGAAGAGCAGUUUCCAAUUGUGAAAGGCCAUAGAAAUGCCAAGUUGCUGAAAAUCUGAGUCGAGCACCUAUGGAAUGUUCAUGGACAUACACCAUUCCGGGCUUCUGGACAACUGGCUGUGAAACAAGAGGGCACAGCCUAAGAAUACAAUAGAAAAGUACUUUCUGAAUUUAAUGGAAAAAAAUCUAAGAAGCCUAAUAUCUUCAAAAAUUAACAACAAAGCACCACCCAUUUUUAUAACACAUAUCCCAUGUUUCACUCGAUGUAUGAUGCUUGUGAUGAACACUACCCCGAAGAAGAUUCAAAGCCAAAAACGUGCCUCGGGCUCGAGUGGAAGAACUGUCCAUUUGGGCUGUGGACAUGGACAGGUGGACUCAGGGGAAGCGAGAAAGGAAGGAAGGGCAGGAAAAGAGAAGGAUAGGGGAAGGGGGUGGGUAGCUAGGUGAAAGAGAAGAAGGGUGAUUUUAGGUGUCAAAAUUAUAUCAGAGCAAAAUUGAUUUCCUCUGAUAUUGCAAUGGGGCAGCCGUUCAGCGCAUUUUCCUGCCAAGGCAUGCAAAAUAACUCACAGCACACUGUCCACUGAGGGGGAAUUAUAAUGGAAUGGAAAAGCGAGUGAGGAUAAUUCAACUGCCGAAAAAUCCAGUGCAGACCUUGGCUGAAGGGUACAGAAAGGGCCAGAACGAAUAACCCACAGCUGACACUAGAUGUCAGUGUUGAGCAAGUCACAGCACCUGGAAGGCAAGGAUGACUGCCCCACAGCCUUGCCACGUGGAUUUGUUCAAUCUUGAAGGAAGGUAUUCCGGAUGGGGCGGAGUAGAACAAGGAAAUGUAUGGAUCUCACAACUAUUUCAUUAUGAAAAUGUAAUACCAAUUGCUCUUUGAAAGCUCCUUCGGUGAAAAAAACCCACAAGUGUACAUUAUUAUUAAAUAAGAAUUAUAACCCGAACUUCUAUU